AUGGACGGAUCCAAGCAAACCAACCGUGCGCAUAGGCCAUCGAAGGCUCCCAAGGCGGGACCGGCGAAGGGUCAGAACCCCAAAGUGAGCUAGCCACUUGGGCGGCAGUGGACAGAGCUGUCGAUCGUCGCUUCGCAGCUCGAGCCUCGGGCAGUCGAGCCUUUCGCUCACUCGAAUCACGGCGUCGACUCCUCGCCCCCAAGCUUGCGUAACUCAUCUCUGAUGUGCUUCUCCAUCAGGCUUUCGUUCCCUCCUCGUUCCGUCGCGCCGAGAAACAAGGUCGCCGCAAUGUCGAAAAGGACCAAACCCGACUGCACGUGCCCGCCGUCGAUCGAACAUUCGGUGGAACCUCCGGCCAAGGUGGAAAGGACGUCGAGGGGGAAGUCCCUCCUGUUAUUGUGGCCGUCAUUGGACCUCAGGGCGUGAGUGGCGAUUGUACGGUGAUUGGGAUGGUGGUCGCUGAGCUGAUUCAGGGCCGCGUUUCAAUGUGGCGAGCAGGUCGGCAAGUCGACAUUGGUUAGGAGUAUGGUCCGACGCUACACCAAGAAUACCUUGGCCGACAUCAAGGGACCCGUCACUGUCGUCACAGGUCCGCUACAAAUUUACCUAUCGUCGCUGAAAGUUGUCUUUCCAACCCACUGACCCACAAUUUGAUCCUCCAGGCAAGAACCGUCGGUUGACCAUCAUCGAAUGUCCCAACGACCUCGGAUCCAUGAUCGACGUCGCCAAGGUGGCCGACUUGGUCUUGCUCAUGAUCGAUGGUUCUUUCGGGUUCGAGAUGGUCAGUUGCAGAUUAUGCCAUACCUUAUACUGCCCAACUUUGACACUGCAUCACGCCUUCCCCCUCGCCUCUUAGGAAACCUUCGAGGCGCUCUCAGCGCUCUCCUCUCACGGAAUGCCCAAAAUCAUCGCCGUGCUCACCCAUCUCGAUCUCGUCAAGACACCCGCGGCCCUCAAGGCGCAGAAGAAACGCCUCAAGAAUCGUUUCUGGACCGAGGUGUACGAUGGUGCCAAGAUGUUUUACCUCAGUGGGGUCAUGAAUGGUCGAUACCCCGAUCGAGAGAUUCUGAACCUCAGUCGGUAAGUUCCUACUUCCUCUCGGACCUCGGGGGGCGUCGGAGUCGAAUUCCUAACACUUUGCUCACCUCCACAUUUUUUUGACCAGUUUUAUCUCGGUCGCCAAAUUUCGUCCUCUCGUUUUCCGUAACCAACAUUCCUACUUCCUCGCCGACCGCUUCGACGAUCUCACCUCUCGCGAAACGAUUCGCCAAAACCCCAAAACCGAUCGUACGCUAGCCCUAUUCGGUUACCUUCGCGGUGUCCCCCUUCGACCUCCCGGUCCUACGAACUCGCUGCGCGUGCAUAUCCCCGGUGCGGGAGUUGACGCCUUCGAAGUUUCUCGCUUAUUGGAACUGGUCGAUCCUUGUCCUUUACCUACGAAGGAUAGUGAGAAACGAAGAAAGAUGGGGGAUAAGAAUAAGGUCGCUUAUGCUCCCAUGUCGGGGGGUAGUGCGACGGGAGUAAUGUGGGAUGGGGAUAAGGUGUGGAUUAAUACGAGUGGCACGUUUUCAAAGAGGAGGGAAGGCGAUGAGGAAUAUGAUCCGGAGGAUGAUACAGGUUAGUCAAUUUUCUUGGGGUAUUGGAUGCGAAAGGUUUUGAACCUAAUUGUAUUCGACGUUCGAUGACAGAUCAAGUCGGUGGUGAUGGAAUCAAGAUGAUGAUGGAACUUCAGGACGUUCCUGAAACUUUGGGCGACGGAGUUGCCGCUUCCCAAAUUCGUCUCUUUGGUUCAUCGAAACAACCUCUCGAAGUACCUCCUCGAAUCACUACUCCUCAUGACCCUUCUUCGUCGUCGUCGAAACGCACUCGACGAGCAGCGUUCGAUGAUGCGGUGGGCGAACAUGAUGGUGCGGAUUAUGAGGAUGAUGAAGAAGAGGAAGUCGAAGUCGAUGAAGAUGAUUUCGAUACCGAUUCCGAAGAGGAUGAGGACGACGAGGACGAAGGGAUGCAGUUCGAGGAAGGCAAUUCUUCCGAGGCUCGUACAGGACGACGAGUUGCGGGUGGGCCGACUAGCGUUGGCGAACGAGGUGAGAAGAUCGCCUAUGCAGAUUCGGAUUCGGAUCUUGGGUUCGGGGAGGAGGAGGAGGAGGGUCAAUUGGAUUUGGAGGAAGAUGAAGAUUCCGACGAGGAGGAUGGACCGGAAUGGAAGAAGAACCUCGCUUCGUUGGCGGCUGCGAAUUUGGGUCACAGGAGGAAACCGAAUUUGAUGAAGUUGAUUUACAACUCGACUUUUUCCGCCGAGGAGAUCGCUUCGGGCCGAACGGACGCCCCGAACAACGACGACGAAGAGGAAGAAAACAUCGAAGACGAUGACGACGAUGACGACGAUCUGUUCAAGAUUUCUCGCAAAGCUCGUCUCGACGAGAAUGGUGAAGAAGAGGACGAAACCGCUCCUGAAGAUCGAUUCCGUCGCCCUGUUGCGAAUGCCGAGUUGGAGGUGUGGCAAGAUGAAGACUUCCUCGAUUCGAUCAGACACCUCUUCAUCACGGGUGGAGCGACGGAUUCGUCAGUCGCUACGGGGGCGAAUGCGUAUGAGGAAGAAGGGGGCGAUUUCGAGGAUUUGGAGAAUGAGGACGGGUCGAGCAAGCCUGCCGCGGAUUCGGUUCAGGAGGAUGACAAGACCAAGGCUGAUCGAUUGGCGGCAAAGAAGGCGGAUCUGAAACGCAAGUUCGAUGCCGCGUACGAUCAUGACUCCGACGACGAGGACAAGAUGGAUUUCUACACGGAACAAAAGGACGAGAUGGAACGCAAGUUGCGCGCGACGCGGGCCGAAUUCGCAGAGGAUGAUGCCGAGACGCGAGCAUUGGUCGAAGGGCAUCGUCCGGGGACAUAUGUUCGUCUCGAAAUCACCGGAGUCCCUUAUCAAAUGGUCGAGAACUUCAACCCUCGCAUCCCCAUCAUCGUCGGUGGUUUGCUCGCACACGAGGAGAGUUUCGGCUACGUCCAAGUCAGGAUCAAGAAGCAUCGCUGGUUCCCCAAGAUCCUCAAAACGAACGACCCGCUCAUCUUUUCCCUCGGUUGGCGUCGUUUCCAAACCGUGCCCAUCUACUCGCUCGACGACGGGACAAGGAACCGUAUGCUCAAGUACACGCCGGAGCACAUGCAUUGUCUCGCGACGUUCUACGGACCCAUCUCGGCUCCCAACACGGGCUUCUGCGCCUUCAAUCGCCUAGGUAACGACACCCCUUCCUUCCGCGUUUCAGCAAACGGUGUCGUCCUCGACAUCAAUGGAGCAACUUCGAUCGUCAAAAAGCUCAAAUUGACCGGAACGCCGUACAAGAUCUUCAAAAACACCGCCUUCGUCAAAGAUAUGUUCACCUCCUCUCUCGAAGUCGCCAAAUUCGAAGGCGCCCACAUCCGUACCGUCUCCGGGAUUCGAGGUCAAGUCAAGAAAGCCCUUUCCAAACCAGAAGGAUGUUAUCGCGCAGCUUUCGAGGAUAAGGUUUUGAUGAGUGAUAUCGUGUUCUUGAGGGCUUGGUAUCAGAUCAAACCGAGGCAGUUUUAUAACCCUGUUGCGUCGUUGUGGUUAAGGGAUAAGGCGAGUUGGCAAGGGAUGAGGUUGACGGGUGAAGUAAGGAGGGAUCAAGGGGUCAAAACGCCGUCGGAUAUCAACUCGUUGUACAAGGUCAGUCUUCGUGGUUCUUCAGGAUCCGAGUAUGCAGUAACCGUGCUGAGAGUUCUCAUCUUUUGUUGUCCCAGCCGAUCGUUCGCGAAACUCGUCGAUUCAACACGCUCAAAGUACCUCGCAAACUUCAAGCGGCCCUUCCCUACGCGAGCAAACCCAAAUUACAAACGCCGCAAAAGAACAAGACCUGUGAGUCUCAUUUGAACCAGUCUCCACCCCUUCCGCUUUGCAUAGCUGAUGUAAACUCUCGUUUUCACAUAGACAUGCAAAAACGCGCCGUCGUCAUGGAACCGGACGAGAAACAAGCCCUCUCCCUAUUGCAACAAAUUCAAGCGAUCUCACGAGACAAGUUGGCCAAACGCAAGGACAAGAAAGCCGAAACUAAAGAAAAGCGGCAGAAGAAAUUGGCCAAGAUCGAUGCGGGGAGAGCGGAGAAGGAGAAAGAGAAAAAGCAGGAGCAUUUCAAGAUGCAGGAGAACAAGAAGCAGGCGCAGGAGAGGAAAAGGCAGAGGACUGCUUAA